UCACGAGCAAAAGUUGAAAGCUUCAAAAGUUUUUUUUUUGGUUGAUAUUUCAAUUCAUUUUAUUUGAAAUAAUCCCCCCCCCAAAAAAGGCGCGCUGGCAGCUACCAGAAUGCCGGAGUUAUCGCUCGAAGCCCUAGCCGAUUUGCAAAUCCCCCGGGAUCUGCGUAUAUCGCCCGAUGGCCAACGAGUGAUUUAUACGCUGGAGUCAUUCUCCAGAAAAGAGGAACACCCAGUGUCAUCCCUCUGGGUAGCCGAAAUCGGUGUGAGCAAUUCCUCUCGGCAGAUUACUUCGGGGGUCUUCAAGGACGAAGCGCCUCGAUGGUCUCCGGAUGGGAAAUUCGUUGCGUUUAUUUCAGAUCGUGCGCGAAAGGGCAGAUCGUCGGCGAUUUACCUCUUGCCAAUCACUGGAUUGGGAGGGGAGGCGUACGCGAUCACAAAUCCAGACAAUGGGAAAAGAAUUGCCUCGUUCGAGUGGAGCCCGGAUGGUGCUUACAUUGCUUUCCUGAGCGAAGACGAGGCUGAAGGUGGUGCGGAUGAUAGCGAUGCCAGAGUGUUUGGGUUGGAUUACCAAAGACUACGUCUUGUCGACGUUGCGAGUAGAAAAGUGACUACUCUGAUUCAUGGAAAUCAACACGUCGAGCAGUUCUCGUGGAGUCGGGAUUCGGUGGAAAUCGUGUACACCGUCCAGUCGAUUCCGGGGGUUGAUACGUCGUCGAGCAGGGUCGAGAUUGUCAAUUUGCAGAGUCGAAGCGCAAGGCAUUUUAUCGACUUUCGAGGACUGAUCAGCGCCCUUGCAUGGCCGCUGCAAGACACAAUCUAUUUCAUUGGUUCUGCCACUUCACGGAAUGAAGCAAGACCGAAUUCAGUCUAUGAAGCGCGGGUGCGAAAACGCCAAUGGGGCAGUUAUUUUGGCUGGGAGGGCGACGCGAUUGCGUUGCACAUUACGAGAGACUCGGUCAUCGCGCGCGUUAAAAACACAGAUCACGACGCAGCCCAUGUCUUGGGAAUUGCCGCUAUUCGAUGGCCGUAUGAGAGUUUCUUCAAGUCGGCGUUCGAAAUCACCGGCUUCGACGCAUUCAGGCUUCCUGAAGCGGACGAUUUCACUCUUGCCAUUACGCGUAGCAGCCCUGAGCAGCCCAGCGAAGUCUGGUCUGUAAACAACCCUAAUAUCGAGGACAACAGUUUCACUCAGCUUUCCUCCCACAAUUCAUCCUCCCCGCAUACAUCCAAUCUCACCGAAGCCGAAUACAUUUCUACCCGGUCAUCCGACGGGCAGGAGCGUGGAGGGUGGCUAUUCAAACCAAAACCCUCGUCUUCAAACUCAUCCACCCCCCUCCCGACUGUCGUUCACUUGCACGGCGGCUCAUUCUACCAGGUGCUCCGAUCCUUUUCCGUAUCGCAACAUCUAGAAGUCCCCCUGUUAACGGCAGCGGGAUACGCAGUCCUAUUUCCCAAUUAUCGUGGCAUCAGCAGUCAUGCUGAUUACGCCGACAUCGCUGCUGUUCUUAGGAAAGCUAUUGCGAAGGGGCUCGUAGACGGCGGGCGGCUCGCAAUCAGCGGGUCGUUUUUUGCCUCGCCUGUUCUGUCGAGAAACGAAUUCAAAUUCAGGGCUGCAUUGAGCGGUCCUGGUAACUCAACUAGUGCUGAAGGAGUGGGGAGUAUCAUCUCAUCCUCGCAAGGCACAGGCACGCUGCCUGAUGUUUUUGGCACGAGGAGGUCAGUCCAGACCUCGAAGAUUGCCAAAACGCCGACUUUGAUCCUACACGGAAUCGAGGACGAGCGUGUGUCGUCCGCAAGGGCGUACUGGCGGGACGCGCAGCGGUCGAAUCAGCCGGUUGAGCUGGUGCUGUAUCCGCGCGAGAGUGGCCAGAUUCGUGAAAGAGGGCAUCUGAUUGAUCUGUGGCGGAGGAUACGGGGGUUUUAUGAUUCUCAUUUGAGUGAUCAAUUCAAAUCUUAAUACGAGUAUAUAUCAAUAUAUCUUACACAGAUGUACGUUGAUAUAUCGAUCAAUAAUGUUCAAAUGUAUAUCAAAUCAAACAAUUCUGAA